GGUUGGAAAACUAUUUCUUCAUUUUUGAUUUUUGGCCAGAGGUUGACUGCAUCUUCCUUCCACAGUCUGGCAAUGCCUGUGGAUUUCAAUGGGACCUGGAACCUUGUCAGCAAUGACAACUUUGAAGGUUAUAUGGUGGCCUUAGGUAUCGACUUUGCAACACGCAAGAUAGCAAAAAUGCUGAAGCCUCAGAAAGUUAUCAAACAAGAGGGUGAUUCGUUUUAUAUCCAUACCACUAGCACAUUCAGAGAUUAUGUGCUUCAGUUCAAAGUUGGAGAAGAGUUUGAAGAAGACAAUAAAGGCCUGGAUAAUAGAAAAUGCAAGACCCUAGUUACCUGGGAAAAUGACAAACUUGUCUGUGUCCAGACUGGUGAGAAGAAGAAUAGGGGCUGGACUCACUGGCUUGAAGGAGAUGACCUCCACCUGGAGCUUCGUUGUGAGAAUCAAGUAUGUAGACAGGUCUUCAAGAGAGCCUGAACACAUAUACUUGCUCCUAUGUGGAGAGACAGCUACGUACAGGAGACUGCAUUCUUGUGUCCAGCAGUGGUUUUAUGGAGAAGAACUGAUUCCUUGUACCUGUUAAAUAAAUGUUGUGAUGUCUCUGGCUCAGGAAGUAAGUCAGUAAGUUGCCAGUGUCUGAUUUUUGCUAAUAAAUGUCUAAAACCAAA